AUGACGACCAGACAUCUACGACCAAACCUGGGCUUUUGGGAGAAGGCUGAUCUCUCUGUUACGCGACUAUUCGUGUUUCCUAGCCUGUUAUACCAUGCGAUCGCCGGCGUCUUUCGUGGAAAGGCCAGUGCUAGGCGUUAUGACCACUUCAUCAUGACAAACGUGAUCCGCAAGUUUGUGACCCGGACGACGGAUCGACAGAAGCAGUACCUGAAUGCGCCAACUGCUGACGCCUACGCGGACGCCAUGAAGAAGCAUGGCUUACAGCCAGAGACUGUAGAUCUCCUUCAUGACGCGAAAGGUCUCUGGCUCGGAAACAAGAAUGCUAAGAAGGUGGUUGUCUACUAUCACGGCGGUGGUUUCGCAAUGCCCGCGAUCCCUGCCUACUUCGAGUUCUGGCUCGAGAUGAUCCGUGCCUUGAACGAGAACGGCCAUGAUGUGGCUGUUUUCUUCUUGCGUUAUACUCUCACUCCACAUGCACAGUAUCCAACUCAGCUCCGACAGGCGGUUGAGGCUCUGAGGUACAUUGUCAAUGAGACUGGUCGCUCCCCAGCUGAUAUCAUCAUUGGUGGAGACUCAGCUGGUGGUAACCUCACGUCCGCGACACUGCUUCACAUCUCACACCCGCAUCCGGAGAUAGAGCCCCUGGCUCUGUCUGUUCCAUUGGCCGGUACUUUUGCAUACGCACCGUGGGUCAGCUUCAGUACUGAGGGGCCUACGAUGAAGUCCAACCAGUGGAAGGACAUUCUCACAACCGAUCUUCUUACUGGCUGGGCUAAUGCUUACCGUGACGAUAAGAUCGCCGAUAAUUGGGUCGAGCCCUUGAAUGCACCUGCUGAAUGGUGGAAGGAUGUGAAGACGGAGCGGAUCAUGAUUCUCGCUGGUGCGGAUGAGAUGCUCCUUUCGAGCAUUGAAGAAUUUGCGGACAAGAUUAAGUCUGUAUUUCCGGAAACUACAUUUGUGAUUGGGGAGGAUGAGUCGCAUGACGCGCCAUUCUAUAUAUGUGCGAACAAGCCAACUCAGACUGGCACUGAGCUGCGGAAGUGGCUGGCGGCUCGUUUGUAG